AUGUCUUUCUUUGGCUUCGACACCACCCUUCCAAGGGAUAGGGGUCACCCAAGGGAAGCGCCAGGCUUCGGAGAAGCACCUGAUCCCUUUGCAGGCUUUUCUCAUCGUGGAGGUGCCGGAGGUGACGAUGAAGCCCUCGAAUUUGAGGACACGUACGAUGGGCUUGGCGAUCAGCUCGACGAGACUGAUGAUACCUUCAACGAUGAUACUUUCGGUUCUUCUGGGUUGGAGGCGCCUGCUGUAGGGAAGGAUUUCGAUUUCUUUGGCCAAACCGCUAAAGUAUCGGAUGCUAUCCAUGAAGAACAGCUCCGUUAUACUCGGCAUCAGCCGGCGCCCAAGUUCGCUCAGCCCAAGGCUCCAAAAAGGACUGGCUACGAAAAGUAUCAGAUUCCGGACUUGCAGGCCAGCGCCGAUCUGUGGGGAGUAGGUUCAAAGCAACAGGCGCCGGAAACAAUUCAGCAGCAGACUUUUAUUGCACCUCCCACUCAGACAAGCGCUGCUCAAGCGCUGCCGAAAAAGAUCAUGAGCUUGGAGGAGGUGGAGGCCGCGAUGCGCACUCAGAAGCCCAAGCCCAAGGCUGCUCAAGCUCCUGCCCCUGUUCCGCCAUCCUAUCCACCCUUUUCGGUGGCACAAGCCCAGGCAUUGGCCCAAGCGACCGCGCCUCCGCAGCAGCAGUCGAUCCCAGCUGCCCUGCAAGCCCAGGUCUCUAACGUGGCCGGGUUCCCUGUGAAACCACCUGCGCCGAAUCAAGUCGGAGUCGACCCCCGCUUCUCGCAGCCAACUCCGACUGAUGUACCAAACUUUGCUGCGCAUCCCCCUCAGAUUUUGCAACGGCCGCAGCCCAUUCCCGCUCAAUUUUCUGGACACCGCGGCUCCCCUCAGCCUCGCCAGAUUUUGCAGAACCCGAACCGCCAACCGGUGCAGCCAGCGCCUUACCCCAGGCAAUUCGGUUCUCCUGCCGCAGCUGGAGGCUUUCCGGGGGCGCCUGUCAUUACAAACCCUCAGCAACUUCUUCAACUCUCCGAGGAAGAGCGUGCUGCAUUCCUGAUUGAAGAUGCCAAGCGUGCGAAGCGGAACCACAAGAUCUUCCUGCUUUCAAAGGAUAAUGGAUUGAUGACACCUCAGGACAAGAACUUCAUCACUCGGAUUCAAUUGCAGCAAUUGGUCACGGCCACAGGUGGGCUGAAUGAACCGGGCUCUGAUGCGGCUCUCUCAGAGGACUUUUAUUACCAGGUCCACAACCAGAUUCGCGGAGGACCGAGACAGAACCCUAACCAACCAUUGGGUCACUUUGCUCAAACCUACCUUUUCCAAACGGGCGGUCGGCAUGGCGGUCCUGGAGGCAGGCGACACCAUCGGGGCGGAGACAAUCAUAUGCAACGUAUGGAACAACAAGUGCAGCGAGCUGUCGAAGCUGCUAAACUCAAGCCGAAAAACAAGCAGCUUGUCAUUGAAGGCAGUCUGGGAAAGAUCUCGUUUAGUAACGCAAAGACACCAAAGCCACUUCUCAAUAUCAAACGGCAAGAGAGCUCAGACGCAUCAAGCCGCGUAAAUGCCGAUAAGAAGUCUAUCAAUGUCUCUGCGAAUGAUCGGAAGAGUAUUCUCCGCGGCAUUGAGAGCGUUUACUCGACCUUGAUGAAGCUUGAGGACCAUGAACGACAGAUGCCUCCUCCUCCAACCGAAGAAAGUGAUGCUGCUUCGGUUCAAGAACAUCUCGAAUGGAGACGCGAAAUGGUCGACUUGAACCAGACUCUUUGGAAGGAGCUUAAGGUUAUGGAGCCGAUUGUGCCGAAACUCAGCUCACCAACACCUCAUCCCUUUAUUGCAUUCCUGUCGCAUGGAAAAGGCAAAAAGGCGAUUCCGCGCAUCUUCCGUCACCUAGAUCAGGAACAACGGGUUACUGUUCUCACCAUGGUUGUUGUUCACCUUGAUGUGCUUGAUGUGGUCCGUGGGGCUCAUCUACAACCAAACGAGCAGCAACUGCCUGUAGCUGUUCGGGAAGAGGUCGAAUUAUUCUGCCAGGCCGUAAUGCCAUGCUUAUUUGGUUACGUUAAUGAAGCCCCUCUGAGCAUUGUCACUGGUCUCCUUGGUCUUGUCAUCGACGGCGUCAACAUACAAUCAGUCGCCUACACCAAGGUUGGCGUUGGCAUUUUGACAAUGCUCAUUUCCCGUGCGGAAUUGGUCAAGCAGGCUGGAAACGUCAACGAGCAAGAAUGGGAACAAUGGACGGUACUCUACAAUCGUCUAUUUGAUAUCAUUGAGCCUGUUCUCGGCUCCAUCUUCCCAGUGUCUGUACACUCCAGCGAAGAUAUGUACGUAUGGCAGUUCUUAGCCGCAGCAGGUAUCGGCGCCAGCCCAGAGCAACAGCAACGCCUCGUAAUUGCUGUAAAGGAUCGAGUUUUGGAUACUGUCUUGCAGAGCAAGACUCUGCCUGCUGAUAUGGCCAGUCAGCGACUCAGCAAUGUCAAUUUGUUCAUGCGUGCCAUUGGCUUAGAUGUCGAACUGCUUGGUUAA